UUGUUGCCCGAACCAAGGUUCAAACAAACUUAAUCAGAGGCAGGGAACAAAAGUUUAUGGAAGUUACUCUAACUAUGGCAGAGGAGCUUGCAACCCAAACCCAGCAGCGCUAUGAGCCAGAUCCAACCGGGCGAAGCCAACCGUGAACUAGCUCGGGAGGCCAACGCCAAGCUUCUACUCGCUACUCAAAAAGAGGUGGCAUAUUGGAAGCAAAAAGCUAAUGCAAGAUGGCUAGAAUCUGGGGACUCCAACUCCAUGCAGCAGCGCCUUGGGACCGGACGGUUUCAAUGGCCUUUUCUUCCGCUCUUGUUGGGAUAUAAUCAAAGAGGAUAUGCUCAAAGCCUCCCAAGAAUUUUUCUUAGGUUCCCCAUUCCUAGAACCUAUGGUAGUACUCUCAUUUCCCGUAUCCCCAAGAAGGAUAUCCCCAAACGCUUCCAUGACUACCGGCCCAUCUCCCUUAGUACGUUCAUGAGCAAGGUCAACACCAAAAUUCUCUACACCAGGCUCAAACCCUUGCUGCCUAAGCUGAUCUCCUCCAAUCAGGCAGCCUUUCAACAAGGUAAAAGCAUGCCUGAUCAUAUCCUUCUAGCUCUCGAAGCAGCUCAUAACCUGGACAGAAAAGUGUUCGGUGGAAACAUGAUCAUUAAGAUUGAUAUCGCCAAAGCCUUCGACACUCUUCGUUGGGAUUAUCUUGAGGCUAUUCUUAAGGAGUUCAGCUUCUCCAGACAAGUCAUUGGUCUUUUCCUGGCCAACCUUAAAGGCACCAUGCUCUUGGUUCUUAUUAACGGGCAGCCUACUGGUUAUUUUCCAAUGUCUAGGGGUGUCAAGCAAGGCUCUCUUGCAAAUAUAUUUGGUAUUCGGCUCAAACCCUCAAGCUCAGAAUCUUUCAAUGGAAAGCGUUCAUGGGCUGUCUUCCCUUUCCAGACCUUGCUACAAGAAGAUGGGAAGUUCCGAAUUGAGAAGUUCGAUGGUACAGAUUUCAGUUGGUGGAAGAUGCAAAUUGAAGAUUUGCUCGUUCAGAAAGAUUUGGACGUGGUUUUGGGUGACAAGCGAGAAAAGAUGUCGGAUGCAGAUUGGGCAGGUUUGGAUCGGAAAGCUAUGUCCGUGAUCCGUCUCUCGUUGACCAAGAAUGUUGCGUUCAACAUUCUGAAGGAGAAGACAGCAAAGGGAAUUAUGGAAGCGCUGUCUAAUAUGUACGAGAAGCCAUCUGCAGCGAACAAAGUUUUUCUGAUCAGAGAGCUGGUGAACACAAGGAUGAAAGAAGGCACUUCAGUUACCGAGCAUAUCAACAAGUUGAAUUCGAUCUUAGCCAGACUUUUGUCAGUGGGAAUUAAGUUCGAUGAUAAAGUUCAAGCCUUACUAUUGCUAUCGUCUUUACCUGAUAGUUGGUCCGGAACGGUUACAGCGGUUAUCGGUUCAGUGGGACCUGAUGAAUUUACCUUUGAUCAGAUUCGAGAUCUUGUUCUUGGCGAGGAUGUUAGAAGAAAGAGUUCAGGGGAGUCAUCUGGUGAAUUGCUUUAUGUUGGUAGAGGCAGAAGAAAUAGCAGAGGAAGUGGGAGCAGGAACAGACAAAGGAGUCAGUCGAAGACUCGUGACAGCUCAGGUGUAACGUGCUGGAAGUGCAAAGAGGUGGGACAUUUUAGGAAUCAAUGUCCGAAUGAUAAGAAAGUGAACAUUGCUGAAAGCUCCGCGAGUGAUGAAGAGGUCCUUCUUACUUGUUGUGCGGAGAGCAGUGUAGAUUCCUGGGUCAUGGAUUCUGGCGCUUCAUUUCAUGCUACCCACAGCAGUGAAGCAUUGCAGAAUCUGGUUAUUAGAGACUUUGGAAAGGUACGACUAGCAGACGAUAGAGCUCUUGAGGGACACGAGGUUAAGUUCAGAGAUGGGCAGUGGAAGGUCGUGAAGGGAAAUCUUGUCAUGGCCCGCGGAAGGAAGAGUGGUUCGUUGUAUUUGGUCGAGUUACCAUCUGAGGGAGUGACCGCCCCAGUUCAGAAGAGAAACAAAGUCCGGUUCACAGAGUCUCGUGGGCAGAAUAAGGUUGUCUAUGCAAGAGAGAAACCUAGAGCCACAGGUCAGACUCAGGAUGAACGAGCGUGGAAAGGUUCAAGGGGGCCAGUCAAAGGAUGUUCCAGGAUCCGGCAGUGUGCAUCUGCAGUGGGAGCCGGUAGGGACCGAGGACGAGUCAGGGGCAGAUUUUGUCGUGACUGAUGUGUCCAAUUAUCUCGAGCUCAAAUAGAAUUUUUUGUGGACAAAGUGGUAAAAGAUUACCCUCAAGAACUACAAAAGUAUCGAUCUCCAGCAAAAAGAGAAUUUGUUCUUUUGUUCUUAGAGGGAGUGGCUACUGGUUUGUGCAAGAACAGGGCAGAUCCAGAUCUGUUAAACACAGUACUACGAGAAAAGCUAGACAAAUCUAUACUUGUAAGUGCAUUAUAUUGUGUGUGUGUGUGCAAAUAUAUGUUUCAUAAGAGUCUUCAUGUUCAUGCAAUUUUUGUUCCUCUACCCAUCCUACUGGAAUCAGCUUCCUCCCUUCAAGAAUUUUUGCCCUACUUCGAGUAACUAUAUGUGAUGGAGAAUAUGUUUUUCUGAGUAGCUGUGGUAUACAUGCCGUAGGGUAAUAAUAGCCUUGGUCGUGG